AUGGUACUCUGCGGAUAACUAACGCCGUUUUUAACAGAGUCGGCUUGUUUUACUGACGCUGACCAAUCAGAAGACGAUACGUCUAGAAGAGAGCUGAUAAUUUAAGAGAAACUAAACAAAAUUGACAGUCUUUGAAGUAAUAAAGUAAGAUAAACAACUGGGAAUUGCAAAAAAUAUAUAAAAAAAAAUUGUCAACGUCACCGGCUUAUUGCAGUUAAUGUUCUUUUCUUCCAUUUGUUCUGGAAACUUUGUUUAACAAUAAAAGAGAAAAUGUUGCUAAAAGCGAGUUUGUGUAUUUUCCUCUCAGUAUUGCUGCCCACGGCGUGGGCUUUUUAUUCUCCCAGUGAUGGUGUUAUCGAAUUGACACCCUCCAACUUUGAUAGAUUAGUGGUGCAAGAUGAUGCCAUCUGGGUGGUGGAGUUUUAUGCUCCCUGGUGUGGUCACUGUCAAAGUUUAGUGCCUGAAUACAAAAAACUUGCUAAAGCUGUGAAAGGUGUCGUUAAAGUAGGUUCCGUCAAUGCCGAUGAACACCAGUCGUUGGGUGGUCAAUAUGGUGUAAGAGGUUUCCCCACCAUUAAAAUCUUUGGCGCCAACAAACGUUCGCCCUCUGACUACAAUGGCCAACGCACAGCUAAAGCUAUUGCGGAGGCGGCUUUAGCUGAAGCUAAGAAAAAAGUUCAAGCUGCUUUUGGCGGUGGUAGCAGCGGCGGCAGCAGCAGCGGUGGUUCUUCAAGCGGUGAUGAUGUCAUUGAGUUAACAGAUGAUAACUUCGAUAAGUUGGUAUUGCAAUCUGAAGAUGAUUGGUUGGUGGAAUUCUUUGCUCCCUGGUGUGGUCACUGCAAGAACUUGGCUCCCGAAUGGGCUAAGGCCGCUAGUCAACUUAAGGGCAAAGUUAAAUUGGGUGCUCUUGAUGCUACUGUCCAUCAAAGCAAGGCUGCGGAAUACGGUGUUAGAGGCUAUCCCACGAUUAAAUAUUUCCCUGCUGGUAAGAAACGCUCCUCAGAUGCUCAGGAAUAUGAUGGUGGUCGCACAUCUUCUGAUAUUGUUACCUGGGCCUUGGAUAAACACGCUGCCAAUGUGGCUCCCCCAGAGUUGGUAGAAAUCAUAGAUGAAACCUCUUUCGAUAAGGCUUGUGAAGGUAAACCUUUGUGCAUUAUCUCUGUGCUACCUCAUAUUCUUGACUGUGAUGCCAAGUGCCGUAAUAAGUUCUUGGACACCCUACGCACCUUGGGUGACAAAUUCAAACAGAAACAAUGGGGUUGGGGCUGGUCCGAAGCCACCGCUCAAUUGGAAUUGGAAGAAUCUUUGGAAAUUGGUGGUUUCGGUUAUCCCGCCAUGGCUGUGGUCAAUUUCAAGAAAAUGAAAUUCUCCGUACUUAAGGGUUCUUUCUCACAAGAUGGCAUCAAUGAAUUUUUACGUGAUAUUUCCUUUGGCCGUGGUCAAACUGCACCUGUUAAGGGAGCCAAGAAACCAAAGAUCAAUACAGUUCCCGCCUGGGAUGGUAAAGAUGGUCAAUUGCCCGUCGAAGAAGAUAUUGAUCUUUCGGACAUUGAUUUGGAUGAUGAAGUCAAGGAUGAAUUGUAAACCAAAUUUAAUUUUAAAUAUAACAAAACUUCCUUUUCACCUACCACAUACUUACAUUUGUAAUUUAUCAUAUAAGACUGUAUCAUUGAAUUAAUCAUAUUGAUCUAUUAUACUUGGAACAACUUAAACAAAUGCAUUUGAAAAACUACA